GUAGGCCAUUUGCUGUACUCACCCAGUCUUCUUGUCCCCAGUCCUGCGAAGGAGUGUCCUCUUCCGCUAUCUCCAGAUCUCCUCCUUCACUAACAGCAGCUGGAUGCGCACUGACGCCUUAAUCCAGUUGGGGGAGCUGCAGACGCACAGUUGGAGCAAUGCCUCAGACACCAUCAGCUUUGUGAAGCCCUGGGCCCAGGGCACCUUCAGCAGCCAGCAGUGGGUCCACCUGCAGAAUAUAUUUCGGGUUUUUCGAAGCAGCUUCACCAGGGACAUACAGGAAUUCGCCAAAAUGCUGUCCUUAGAGUAUCCCAUGGAGCUGCAGCUGUCUGGUGGCUGUGAGGUGCACCCUGGGAACGUCUCAGAACACUUUCUCCAUGUAGCAUAUCAAGGAGAAUAUAUCCUGAGUUUCCAGGGAACUGCUUGGGAGCCUGCCCCACAGGGCCCCCAGAGGGUAGAUUUGGUCAUCAAAGUGCUCAACCAGGACAAAGGGACAAAGGAAACAGUGCAGUGGCUCCUCAAUGACAUCUGCCCCCAAUUUGUGAAUGGCCUCCUAGAGACAGGGAAGUCAGAACUGGAGAAGCAAGUGAAGCCCGAGGCCUGGCUGUCCAGUGGCCCGAGUCCUGGGCCUGGCCGUUUGCUGCCGGUGUGCCACAUGUCUGGCUUCUACCCAAAGCCCGUGUGGGUGAUGUGGAUGCAAGGGGAACAGGAGCAGCAGGGCACUCAGAGAGGUGACAUCCUGCCCAAUGGUGAUGAGACGUGGCAUCUCCGAGCAACCCUGGAUGUGGCAGCUGGGGAGCUGGCUGGCCUGGCCUGCAGGGUGAAGCACAGCAGCCUAGGAGGGCAGGACCUCGUCCUCCACUGGGAUGGGACCCACACCUCUGUAGGCUUGGUCCUCCUGGUGGUGACCUGUCUGGUGUUCCUCUUUAUGCUCAUUCUAGGCUUAACCUUCUGGAUUAGGAAACGCAGCUCCUAUGAAGACUUCCUGUGAGUCUCCUGGCCACCUGCCUCUCUGGAGGCCAAGCAUCAAGCUCCCAGGACUGUAGUUUUCCCCUGCUCAGGAACUGAGUGUGAAGUGAGCGUGGUCUUGGAGAAGUAACAAAAAUAAUCACCUCCUCUUUUAGCAUUUAUCUAAAAGAGUUUAAGUUCUUUUUCCUUCUGUUACAAGUGAUUCUGUACAAACAGCAGUGCAAACUCCCGUGUUUACCUGCAUGCAAUGCGGAGAUACAGGGACUAGGGUGGAAGUGCAUGUGUUGGCCUCUGAGUGAUGGAAUCUGUCUUGAGCUGGGAAGCUCAUAUCCUGUGCCAAGGUGGCAGCUGCGGUGGCCUGUUGUCAAGUACAAAGUCAAACUCUAGCUUGGCUGUAAUCUGUAUUUCCCAAGAAGACUGGAAAUCUGGAAUUUUAUGUGACAUGUCUGAUUUUAAAACGUCAGCAUGAUUUUGCAGAAUAGUCUGUGUGACAUCCCAAAUGAACACUGCUGACUAAUGACAUCUCAGGUUCGGUGGCUUAGGACUUAGCUCUCACUUUCUUGCUGUUUCAAGGAUGAAUAUGCCGCUAACAGAUUUCCUAGGGGAAUUCAUUGCAGGGUAUCCAUGCUUUCUUUUCAUUUUGCACAUGGAGACCGGCUCCCUGAAACUCUCAGUUGCUGGCUGCUCUAUUUUCUGCUGUUUUUGCCUUAGUGUUCUACUGUUUUGGAUUGAGCUCUAUGCCUUCAAAGCCCGAGUCUCUCUCCUCUGCUGUGCAGCUCCAGGCUGAGCUGUUGUUUAUGUUUUCAUUUGUUCCUUAGUUAUGUCUCUGUUUGCUUUUUUUAAAAAAAUAUUUUUCUAGAUGGACAUAAUACAUUUAUCUUAUUUAUUUAUUUGUAUGUGGAUAGAACCCAGUGCCUCCCAUGGGCUAGGCAAGUGCUCUACCACUGAGCUACAAACCCAGCCCUCUGUGUUUGCUUUGGAAGGAGUGUGGGUGGAGAUCUCCCAUUUGGAGUCAAACAGAGCCCCAGAGAACAUGUCCCCUCUGUGUUCUGUGUGUGCAGUAGCGGGAGCUCCAAGGUUCCCGACAGAAAAACAAAAUCCUGAAUUCCAGAGUUUUAAACACAACUACACUUCAAGACACACUUGCUACCCAGCAGGAGAGAUAAUUAUAAGGAAAGCCAUAUCAGUUAUAGACAAAAUAAGGAAAGUAUAAUUUUUUUUUUACAGCCUGGCUACAAUUGAAACACAAACAGCUUUGUGACUAUGAUGUGGAAAAAGGUGGAAGAUAUUCACUCUUAUGGCAAUGCACAAAAUAAAAACAAGAACACAACCCCUUAAGAUGUUGUAAAACUCAAACUUGUCCAUGAAACACUGAAGGGUGGUGGAUGCAAAGUUCAGAAAAUGAAGUCAUUGAGAAGUGACAGAUUCUGGAGGCACAGGUGGAGGAGAAAGCUUGCCAGACUGACAGAGAGGUACUGGCAAUAUUGGUGGAGAGCAGGGAGAAUGGAGUGUAGAAACCUCCCAAAUGCAGCAGAAAUGUACUUGACCUAGUCGGGCAUGGUAUGGUCCAUGCCUGUAAUCUCAGUGGCUAAAAAGUAGAAGAAUACUCUCUAGUCUUAUUUAUUCUUGAGGAGAUUGGAAAUGAGGGGCUCUUCUACUUCUGAUUCAAAAUGUGAAACUGAGUGCCAACCCACACCAUACUCCAGGGUCACACAUUGAAAAAAAUGAAGGAAAUUAGACUCGGGCAGGAACAGCUGUGGCAUUGUGAGGAAAGGCUAACCAGCAGUAAAUUCAAUCUUAAACAUGGCUUCCUUGUCCAAGAUUAGCUAGAUAGUUGGUGAAAUCCAAAUGAUCACCUCCCUACUUUAUCAAUGAUACAGAACAAGGAGAUUGUACAAGUUUGGUAAUAAAAAAACAAAUCAAAAACGUUGUGUAA